AUGCUCCCUUCAGUCCCCGCACUCUUCCUAGCUUUCGCCGCGAUCCUCGCCUCCACAGUCUCUGCCCUCCCUGCCCCUCAUGCAGACCUCAAUGUCAACGUUGCCCGCGCGCCUGAAUAUGUGCAGUGGACGAAUGCGCGUCGGAUGGCUGUCGGCCUUCCGCCACUUGCGCCGCGUAUGAAGCGCUUCCCCACACCCACUGAGCCUGGCCUUGUCGCGCGCCAUGUCCCGAGCGCGAGCCCCAGUCCUCUCGCGUCCGCCCCCGUUCGUCUUGCCAACGGGCCUACGACGUACACCGGCCGCGUUGAGGCGCGCACCGUCGCUGAUGGAUCCUCGCUCGGAUUCCUGCGGCUAUCUUCGUCCGGCGUCACGCUUGGCAGCUACGACGAGGCCUCGUCGGUGACGUUCACCGCGCCGGCGUCGAACACACCUUUCGACGUCGUCUUCACGGACUCUGGAAUGAACCUCGGGGCCGUCGGGACCGUCCAGAUCGCUUCGGGUCUGGCGAACGCCAAUACGCUUGAAGUCACUGAAGCCACUUCUGCGCACGCACGCCCUGCCAAGACGGGCGGCGAGUCUGCCAUCUGGCGCUUCAGCACGACCUCCGCGCAGCUCACGCCGAACUGGGUGAACCCCGACGGCUCGCACGCGCGUACGACGAAGCUCGGCUGGGUGCCUUCCGACGCCACGACCGUGGUCGGCGGUGACAUCGACGCGUACUCCGCUGCGCACCCCGCCGCGCCCGCGGUCGAGAUGGCGCUGUUCUUCAUGAGCGAUUGA